UAUAUUUUUAGUUUUGUGGAGGUACUGUGUCCCCUGUUCAUGGAGGGGCCAGAUUUCCACUCCCCUUGAGCUAACUGAAAGAUGCUUUUCAAAAUCUCAGAGAGCCCCACUGCUUCAGACCCAAAUCCAGAGCCCCACCAAGCUCACAAAUCUAGUCCUAUUUGUGUUUCCAAUUUUCAUUUCCUCUCUCUCUCUCUCGCGCGCGCGCCCGGUCUGAUUACUGUGUCUAUUUUCUACACUUGAAGAUGAGUUUCGGCUGUGGAAGCUCAAUUCGUUGAUAUUUUUUCAUCAAACUUUGGAGCAUUUGGCUUUGAAACCCAACUCUCUGGUUGAUGAUGGCAAGCACUUCUGGUCAAGGGUUCAAAUCAAACAGAGAUUAUAGGUGUUGGCUAACUGAAACUUUUGAUGGCCAUGAAACAGCAGAUGAUGAGUUAUCAGAUGAUCUGGAUGGAAAUGAUAACAUGAUUCAACCAUCCCUUCAAACUUUUCCUCUAAAUUUGGAACCUAUAGAACCGUUUCUCGGCAUGGAGUUUGAAUCAGCAGAGGAUGCUAGAGAAGUUUAUGAGAUGUAUGGCAGGCAUAUGGGAUUUACCAUACGGAAUAAUCGUACACGUCGAUCACUUAAAGAUAACUCAAUAAUUGGUCGGGAAUUUGUUUGCUCAAAAGAAGGUUUUCGCAUAGAAAAGUAUGCUAAUAGACAAAACGGAAUUCUUCCAUCACAGCGAGCCACUAGAGAGGGAUGCAAUGCAAUGAUGAGGAUAUCUGCCAAGGAUGGGGGAAAGUGGGUUAUAUAUGGUUUUGUAAAAGAGCAUAAUCAUGAGUUGAAUCCCAGCAAAAUUCCUCCUCGACGAUCUCAUAGAAUAGCAUUUUGUGAGGAUGAGAAAGACUUAAAAGUACGGGAACUAACCAUGGAGCUGCAUCGUGAGAAAAAGAAAUCUGCGGCUUAUCAGCAGCAACUACAGUUGGUUUUGAAAUAUAUUGAGGAGCAUACUCAAAGGCUGUCAUUGAAAGCUGAAGCGGUAACUAGCAAGUUGAGAGAAUUUGAAUCCGAGGAGCAAGACAGUGGAGAAUCUGAAUAGAGUGCUAUCUGAACCAUCUCUAUUAUUAAAUGUGCCACAGAAGCAAAGAAAGCAACCAGCUGCCUGAUUCAUAUAUGCAUAUUUCGAUUUUACUAUAGUUUCUUGUUACCCGUUCGGUACAGAGUAAUUCGGUUCGGGCCUUGGACGAUUUUAACAUCAGAUGUAUUU